AUGGUCCACAAAGUUGCAAUUGUAACGGGUGCAUCUUCAGGCCUGGGUCGAGCCAUUGCUAUAAACUAUGGUGACCUAGGAUGGAAAAUUGUCUGCGCAGAUCUUCGCUCCGACAACCCGAAUACCACAACGGCCACUGUUGACUUGAUCAACAAUGAGACAGAUGGUGAAGCUAUCUAUGUCCGAACAGACGUUUCCUGUUCUGAAGAUAUCCAAACCCUUAUCCACACAACAGUGGAGAGAUUUGGCAGGCUAGAUGUGCUCGUUAACAACGCAGGCAUCUCCCUUGAGUCACACGGAAAGCUGGGGCCGAAGCUCAUUGCCGACACGGAUGAUUCAACUUUUGAUACUACCUGGGCCAUCAAUGCCAGGUCGGUGUUCCUGGGUUGCAAAUAUGCCAUCCGUCAAUUGCUUCGCCAAACACCCUGGUCAACAGGAGAACGGGGAUGGAUCAUCAAUAUCGCGUCCGUCUAUGGCUUGAAGUCAGAAGUUGAGCAUAUUUCCUACAGCGCCACCAAAGCUGCAGUUGUUCAAAUGACAAAGUGCACUGCUCGCGAAUAUGGUCCAUCCAAGAUCCAUGUUAAUGCCAUUUGUCCCGGCUUCAUCAAGACCGAGAUGGAUCGAGUGAUGCUCGAAGACGAGACACUCAACGCUACAACUGUUGCUAAACAUCCUUGGGGGACGCUAGGGAUGGCCGCAGAUGUUGCUAAAGCGGCCAUUUUCCUCGCGAACGAACAAUCGAUGUGGAUCACCGGUAUUGCAUUGCCAGUUGAUGGCGGUUACAUGGUUACUUAA